AUGACGGACCUUACGCUGAAGACUCCUGGCUUUGACUCGCGAUUCCCUAACCAGAACCAGACCCGUCACUGCUAUGUGGACUACUACCGGUGUGUGAACAGCAAGGGCGAGGACUUCGAGCCCUGCAAGCAGUUCUUCCAGACUUACCACUCUCUUUGCCCUAACGAGUGGAUUGAGAAGUGGGACGAGCAGCGCGAGGGCGGUAACUUCCCGGCUAAGCUCGACGCUUAA